AUGCAGAUUGGGAUGAUCGACGCGAUGAGAUACGUAGCGGCGCUAGACCCACCAUUGCCGGAGGUGAACGACGAGCUGUCAAGGCUAUUGCAUGAGGUGUUGGCGCUGGCAGACGCGGGGGAUCAAACUCUGAUGGGGAGAGGGAACAAUGCGAGGCAGAGUGCGAGGGAGAUCAUGCGGCUGCGGAUAGCAUGCAUUAGGUUGCUGAGCGCGAGCUUGCCGCUCACGGAUUAUUAUUCGAGGCAACCGACGACGAGGCGGAAGCUUACGGCUGUGUACUUCAAGUCGCUAUACUCUACGUCGCCCGAGGUCAAGGAGGCUGCACACGACGGAUUGAAGGUCCUGCUCGCGCACCAAAGCCGUCUGCCGAAGGAGCUUCUCCAAACGGGUCUGCGUCCUAUCUUGAUGAACCUCGCCGACCCGAAGCGCCCGUCUGUCGCUUGCCUCGAAGGACUCGCGCGCUUGCUCGUGCUUCUCACCAUCUACUUCAAGGUCGAGAUCGGGCACAAGCUACUGGACCAUUACCGCGUCGUCGCAGACCCUCAGUUGUUGUCGACGGUGGCGAUGACGCCCGUGCGCGCCAUGGAACCUAUCGACAAGCUCGUCUCGCUUACCAACAUCUUCCACUUACUACCGCCGACGGCAAACAUGUUCCUUGAGCCGCUCACAAACGCGAUCGUCCAGACGGAAGCGCAGAUGCACUAUUCGGCCGAGAGUCCGUUCUCAAAGCCGCUGGCCAAGUUCCUCGAGCGUUACCCGAUCGACGCUGCAGACUUCUUGAUGCGCAACUUGCACCUUCCACGCCACGUCCGCACAUACCGCAGCAUCUUUCAGGCCGACCUCGCACCCGCCCUGGCUCGCGAGAUUGCGACGCGCACGCCGUACCUCGUCGACUACUGCCUUCGAAGCGGCAACGCGGCGCUGCUCUCGCCUGCGCUACAGAUCUUUGACGACCUCUCCGAGUUCGACAUCAACUGGUUUUUGGAUUACCCUCUCGUGAUCGAUGCGUUGCUCGACGUCUGGCGGCAAGUGCUCCCACCCCCCAGGUAG